CGGUUUGAAGCCGCGGCAGAUCCAGAAACAUGGCUGCCAACCUGGAACGCACCUUCAUUGCUGUGAAGCCAGAUGGCGUCCAGCGAGGAAUUGUUGGAGAUAUCAUCAAACGCUUUGAACAGAAGGGGUUUAAACUGGUUGCCAUGAAGUUUCUCCAGGCAUCUUCUUCCCUACUUGAGAAACACUACGAGGAGCUUUCAGAUAAACCGUUUUAUCGCAAGCUGGUCGAGUACAUGAGCUCUGGACCUGUCGUUGCCAUGGUGUGGGAAGGUCUGAAUGUGGUGAAGACUGCCAGGGUGAUGCUGGGUGAAACCAACCCUGCCGACUCCAAGCCUGGCACCAUCCGUGGAGACUUCUGUAUCCAGAUUGGCAGAAACAUCAUCCAUGGGAGUGACUCUGUUCCAAGUGCACAGAAGGAGAUCUGUUUGUGGUUCAAACCAGAGGAGUUAGUGAACUACAAGAACUGUGCCCAUGAUUGGAUCUAUGAGUGAAUCAUUCCAGGAGUACACAAUCCCACCUUAUCUGCAUCAUUCCAAAUGGCUUAGACAUUUUUUAUUGAUUUUAUGUAUCAUGUUGACCCUGAAUGCUAGGGUAGAUAAAUUGUCCAAUAAACAUGUUUUUAA